CCUUGAUCCAUCUCAUGAGUGAAUGAGUGAGUGAUUGUGUGUCGCAUUCUGUCAAUAAAGCCAUCACCAUGAUGACUAUGUGUGUAUACCGACAACCGAUAAACCACACCCCGCCACGCCACGCCACACAACACUUCAUCCAUCGCUGUCGACCAUGUCGCCCCACGAGGCGAAGAAACCGUCCAUGUGCGACAGCAAAUGAUACCUAUAAGACACAAACACACACACACACACAGACACACACAGAGAGAGAUGGACGUAUGCCACCGAACGCACCGACCCGUCGCUCCCACCUGUCGGUGGCGAUUCUGACGACGCAGGUCAUGUGUGAGAGGGUGAAUCGCAUCAGCAGGUGGUGCCGCGGCGGCACAAACACCAUCACACACACCGUCUCCGUAACCACACCACAACCACCACCACUGCUCCCUCCAGCUGCUGCUGAUACUGCUGCUGCUGCUGCUGUUGCUGCUGAAGGUGAGAUGUCAAGGGUGUCUCUGUCCGUGUCGUCGUAGCUGUAGACAAAGUGGGUGGCUGUGGGUGGGGAGAGGGGCGGAGGGGUGGGCGAGGGUCGACCAUCCUGCUGGUGGUGCUGCUGCUGGUGGUCAUGGUGACGGCUUGCCGGCGACUCGAAACACUCCUCCUGCAUUUCACACACACACACAAACACACACACACACAUGGGGUGUGUGGCUUGUUGGGUUUAGGCGUGGCUGACCUGUUCGAAGUCGAAGUCCUCCCUCUCCACCCUCACCCUUGACGGCACCACAAACGGCCCCAACGUCAACCCGAUCAGCCGAACCACUCUCUCCCGCGACAUCUCCAACACCUAAUACACCACACCACAGUCACACGAGCAUUCCGUGUGUGUGGUGUGGUGGCUCUGCCGCACGCACCUUAACGGAUCUGCACAUGUGCUGUGCCGUCCAGAGCGCCUCGAAGAAGGCUGCCCAGAGCUGCGGCGGUGCCCGUGGCGGGAGGCACAUGUCCUGGAAGGUGACGAAGAAGGCUUCCAAGUGACCCGUGUAAGUCUGACCCUAUACACACAUACAGAUCCAUCCGCUCCUGUGUGUGUGUGUGUGUGUGUGUCAAUGGUACCUACCUCGGCGUCGUUGAAGGCGAUGCUCACGUUGAAGGACGUCGGGACCGGGGCGAUCGGCUGCAGCCUGCACGAUGCCCCCACACACACAUACAUGAGCCACCACACCCACACACCCACACCCACUCUCACUCACCUCAGCAGCAGCUUAAACAUGCUGGGAAACCGCUCAGAGUCCCCAGUCCCCUCGCCGUCGCUGAGGUACGGGAUUCUUAUUGGCGCGAUGGGCACAAAGUUGCUCGACGCCGAGAAGGACAUCUCCAGCGCGUAGAUCUGCCGAGGGAACGACGCUGCGGGGGAGGGGGCUGAUGCUGGAGACGACAGGCACACCGACCCUUCUAGCAGGCUGCCCAGCUUGUUGCUGCCGCUGCCCUUGGCGGUGCCUCGUUUGUAUCUCAGGACGAAGGGCAGCCGGAUGAGUGAGGGGGCCGACUCGACAAAGGCGAGAUACGCCUUGAGAGCGGCGCUCACGGCCUCUCUUGACAGCGAUGGGGGGGCGAUGGGUGUGGGUGUGGGUGUGGGUGUGGGCGACAUGUGCACGACAUCCAUCAUCUCCGUCGGUCGCCAGUCGUCUUCAGGCCGCUCGCCCCACCUCUCAUGGAGAGCUAUGUCUCCCGCCUGACACCACACACACACACACACACACAUCCGCCCACACAGGGGCGGCAGAGACACCCACACUGACUGACCGACCUGAGUGGGCAGAUGUGUGGGCAGUCUGAAGACGGCGUGUCCGCCGUCGUGCAGCCCGAGAGUGCGCCGCUCGUCGAGUGACUUGAAGAGGGUGAGGAACGGCAGGGGGCCGUCGAGUAGCCGGACUGUCCGGGGGAUGACUGGGGUCAGGUGCUGCGCCAGCUGGUCCGGCACCUUGGCAUCCUGACGCAGCACACGGCCUGCGCCCAAUAGGCACACAGAGAGAGGGGGGGAGGUGAAUGUAGGUCUCUUCCUCUUGUGUGUGUGUGUGUGUGUGUGUGUGUCUCACCGAGCGCAGCGCUGCCGGUGUGGGUGAGUAGGGUCAUGUAGAGCAGCGCACGGUCCCUCAUAUCCACGUCAGGCUGCCAUAGGCCACACACACACACACACACACAUAUGUAGCCAUACACACAGACAGAGAGGGAGGGGGUAUCUCCCCCCCCACACACACAUAUACCCACACACACGUGGUAGGUGGCUAGGUAGUCGAGCAGCCUGGUCAUGGGCGUGUAGAUGGCCCGCUGGGGGUGGUACAGCAUCACCUUUACACACAAACACACACACACACACACACAGACCACACAAUGCCCGUGAUGCUUUCCCUCCCUCUCUCUCUCCCUCCCUCCCUCAUUGCCCACCUGUCUGCACACGACGAUGACGCGCACCCCCACGCUCCACGACCCCUGCACCGCAGGACUCAUCACCACCCGACGCAGCGCCGUCAGCACAUAGCCAGGGUCGAUGCUCUCCGUCUGGGCUGCACACACACACACACACACACUGGCAGUGUGCGGCAGACGCACAGACAGAGACCCACCGAGAGUCACGAGGAGGGCGAAGUAGUGCGGGAUGCGCGAGGGCGGCUCGAGGGUGCUGACGAAGUCGCCCAGGCUGCGCAGGAUCUUGUAACCCACUGCUUGGCCCUGCUCGACGUGGCCAAGCCAACACAAUACACAAGGCGUCUUGUGCACGUGUGUGGUGGUGUGCGCCUCUCUCCCUCUCCCUCUCUCUCUCUCUCCCUCUCUCUGUGUGACCUUGUGUGGCGGUGUUUGGCACCUUCUGACCAUGGCCAGCACCGACGGCAGCAAAUGGGGGUGAGACCUGCGGGGGGGCACACAAAAGACACAAACAUACACCCACACACAUGACUGACUGCAGUGAGUGGUAUACCUCAGCAGGUCGCACAGGUAGCUCUCCAGCCCCAGCCGGUCAAUGUGCGCCGCGAACCUCAGCAACACACGCAGCUGACACACACACACACACACACACACAGAUCCCCCCUCCAAUACCCACACCCACACACCGCACCCAAAAGUCAGUCCCGCCUACCAUACCAGGAAGCGGAAGACGACAGCGUGUGCCCCUACGGGCCGGAUGCAGUACCUGAACUCCGAGAGUGAGUCGAGGACGCACAGCAGAUUGCAGGGGAUGCGCCCGGUGCGCUCGAAACACCACAGCAGCGACUGCAGCUUCAGCUCCUUCAGAUCUACACACACACACACACACACAGAGAGAGAGACGCACAUACACAUCUCUCUGUGUAUGGGGCGGUGUGUGGUACUUACCCAGUGGGUCAUGCCACUUGGGGCAGAGCUCCGAAGUGUAUUGGAAGAGGAUCGAGUCCAUCGGCGAGUAACACGCCAGAGAUAUCAGCCACCUGCACACACACACACACAUUGCACACACAUGCAUCUGGGGGUGGGGGGUUCAGUGCCUUCCCUGACAGACAGACCUGACGGCCAGCAGUCGGAAGCACGGCUCUACGGCGGUAUUCUGAAUGACCGACAGCAGACGCGCAAAGAUCGCCUCCAACGUCUCCUGAUCAGCCACACACACAAAGCAACCAACCAACCACACUGCCCAUGGUGUGUUGGAGGCGCACGUACGUCUGGUAUCUGCCCCUCUGUUUGGAAUUGCGCCACAACGGCCAGCACCGCGUGGAUCAGCGGAACCCCCAGCGAGUCCAGCAGCGGCUCGAAAUGGUGCAGCACCACUCGGCACGGCAAAGCCAACAGCCUAUGCGCCCAACCACACCGUCAGCUCUUCGACCACACCCACACCCAUACCCACACCCACACCCACACACGCGGUAUAAGCUUACCGAAUGAAGAGAGAAAGGCGUUCGGCGACAUAGAGCUUGGUCCACUCGCUGUAGGUGGGCAUGGUCUCGAGCACCAGACUGAUGGCCCGCAUGAGUGUCCGGACCAGCUUCCGCGGCAGCCGGGGGGGCGACAUGCCCUCGGGAAGGUCGUACGGCGGCAGAGGCAGCGACGACACACCGACCCCCGCACCAUUACCGGUGCCAUUACUGAGGCCGUUGUCAGUGCUGCCGCUCGGUGCUGAUGCUGCAUGGCAGUUACACACAUACAAACAGAAUAGACCCACACUGCAUCCCUCACCACUUGGUGUGUGGGGGAUUGGCUGUGGAGGGGCCGGGAACUGAGGCGCCUGAGAUGACGGCUCCCUCUCCCUCUCCCUCUCUCUCUCCACGUCAUCCAGAGAAGCGAAUGCCGGCAUUGGCGGCAUGGCCGGCAGCCCGGCGGCGUCCUGCCUGGUGGGGGCGAGCAUGGGUGCCAUGGCCACUGAGGAUGCAGCGCUGAAGGGGGUAUCAUUGUUGGUGCUGGUGAUGGUGGUCGAGGACUGGAGGGGGAGAGGGCCGCGGGCGACGAUCUCCUGCACAAGCUGCACACACACACACACAUCCAUCCAUCCAUCCGUGUGUGUGUGUAUGUCUGUGUGUGUGUCACCUGCUGUGUGAGGUGCAGCACAGUCGUAAAGAAAAGCCGCGCGUAGGCCUCGUUGACGUGCAGCAUCUCGUCAGCCACAAGGGCGCCCAGCUGCAGCUGCUGCCGGUGCGAAGAGGGCGGCGGCGGCUGUGUGGUGCGCACCGUGGCCGUGUAGGCCGAGCCUGCGUGCCAAUCUGGCCCUAGAAGGGGGUAAAGCAGCCCUGGGUGAGCGAGCUCGAGCUGAUGGAGGCACUCGCAGGCGUAAGCCCGGAGGACCCUGUCAGCGGGGCGGUUGAUAUUCUUGACCACGCCGCACAGCAGGUCGACGAACUGGUCAAAGACCUACACACACACACACACACGGAGAGAGAGAGAGAGAUCCCAUCAGCCCCCGAGGCGCUUGUCGCCCACCUGUGGCUGUGCCUCAAAGCAGUUCAUGUCGAGCAGCAGCGUGGUGUAGGUCACCAGCGCCUGAGCCUUCAGCCCAUACGACACCGCCAGAGCCACGUGGGUGUGGUGCUCCGCCGCGGCUGUGGGGGCGCUGAUGAGGUUGUCUAUCACAGAGAACACCUUGUUCAGCCGCGAAAAGUCCUGGAUGAGCGCCGAGGCAUGCUCCUCUAGGAAGAGCAGCGCGCUGGUGCGGAGGAUCUCAUCCCGCUCUGUCAGGAUGGUCAGCAAGAUGGUGUCGAGCAAAGUGGCGUUCCACUGCUGCUGCUGCUGAUGGUGAUGGUGAAGGAGCGGGUCGGCGACGACGGAGCGGAGGGCUUUGUGUGCGGCGUCUUCGUUCCAGCUGAAGGCGUACCUCAGCAUCUCGUGCGUCCAGUCCGCCAUGAUGGCAUGGAUGAAUCAAAUCAAUCAGACAGAAAGUCAGCGUAUUACGACCGCGUUGACGUCCUCUCCCAGCCUGGUUGCGAGAAGGGCACAGAUCUGCG